AUGGAACACAUGCCCAAGGAGCAGGACCCUAACCUAUCAGAGGGAGAAGAGAAACGGUGGCUCGAUGGCCCAAAGAGGAAGAGAAAGAACAGCCAAUGUUCGGUGAAGAGUAUGACUGCUCUCUCGCUCUCUCUCUCAGGGUACAUACCCAGCUACCUGGAGAAGGAUGAGCCAUGUGUGGUGUGUGGGGACAAGGCCACAGGCUACCACUACCGCUGCAUCACCUGCGAGGGGUGCAAGGGAUUCUUCCGUCGAACCAUUCAGAAGAACCUCCACCCCUCCUACUCCUGUAAGUAUGACGGCUGCUGCAUUAUUGACAAGAUCACCCGCAACCAGUGUCAGCUCUGUCGCUUCAAGAAGUGCAUCGCCGUGGGCAUGGCCAUGGACCUGGUUUUGGAUGACUCAAAGCGGGUGGCCAAGCGGCGGCUGAUCGAGGAGAACCGCGAGCGGCGGAAGAAGGAGGAGAUGGUGAAGACACUGCAGAAUAGGCCCGAGCCCAGCAGCGCCGAGUGGGAGCUGAUCCGUCUGGUGACAGAGGCUCACCGGCACACCAAUGCCCAGGGCUCCCACUGGAAACAGAAACGCAAGUUCUUGCCGGAGGACAUCGGCCAGUCCCCGGUCGCCCCCACAUCGGAUGGAGACAAGGUGGAUCUGGAGGCCUUCAGCGAGUUCACAAAGAUCAUCACCCCCGCCAUCACCCGCGUGGUCGACUUUGCCAAAAAACUGCCCAUGUUCUCGGAGCUGCCUUGUGAAGAUCAGAUCAUCCUGCUGAAGGGCUGCUGCAUGGAGAUCAUGUCGCUGCGUGCCGCCGUGCGCUACGACCCCGAGAGUGAGACGCUCACACUGAGCGGGGAGAUGGCAGUGAAGCGAGAGCAGUUGAAGAACGGCGGGCUGGGCGUGGUCUCGGACGCCAUCUUUGAUCUGGGCAAGAGCCUGGCGCAGUUCAACCUGGACGACACGGAGGUGGCGCUGCUGCAGGCCGUGCUGCUGAUGAGCUCAGACCGCUCAGGCCUGACGUGCGUGGACAAGAUCGAGAAGUGCCAGGAGACGUACCUGCUGGCGUUCGAGCACUACAUCAACUAUCGCAAGCACAACAUUAGCCACUUCUGGCCCAAGCUUCUGAUGAAGGUGACGGACCUGCGCAUGAUCGGGGCGUGCCACGCUAGUCGCUUCCUCCACAUGAAGGUGGAGUGUCCCAACGAACUCUUCCCCCCACUCUUCCUGGAGGUCUUCGAGGACCAGGAAGUGUGA